CGGAGCUCGGCCAGGGUCCAAGGUGUGGUUCCCGACUGGUGUGAUAUGAGUGCGAACUCCAGAGGCAUUGCGGGUCGUCGCUCCGGAUGCUGCCUGGCCUGCUGAGUUCCUCCAGCAUUCUGUGUGUGAUUCUCUGGAUUUCCAGCAUCUGCAGAAUCUCUUGUUUAUGAAUUACAUUAUUUUCUUUUACAAAAAAGGAAAGAACAAUGAGAACAAAAUAAGCUCAUAAUUGGAGCUCAGAGGAAUGACAGGCAUUCACAGUAGGAUAAAGGCAUACAAUAGAAUCAGUGGAAAAACUACGCACAAAGACUGGCCAUCAAUCAACAUGGCGAAGACAAAAUGGCGCAAGAACUGGAAAAACACAUAAUACUGAGAACACGAGUUGUAGAAUCCUUGACAGUGAGUCAGGUUGUGGAAUCAGUUCGGAGUUGAGAUUCUGCCCGACCUGAUGGACAGAGACAAAAGAAGGUUGCUGUGAAUAUGAGACAGUGAAAAGCAGCGGAUGGACUGGAUGGAGUGAAUAGCCUCCAAUGUUGUGAGGAGAUGUGGAAGCUAAGUUAUGAGAACGAAUAAGCAAAAGGUAUUUCACACAUGAAGAGCUGUUCUCUAUAAAUUGAUUUUCAAAAAUGCUGGAAAUCUGGAGCAAUACAUACAAAGUGGUGCAGGAACACUACAGGUCAGGCAGAGGGAAAUUAACUCUGUAUAUUUCCAGCUCAGACCUCCCAGUCCUGAUGAAGGGUCUUGGCCCGAAAUUUCGACAGUUUAUCGAUGGAAGGAAACUCUGCUCUGCUGAUUUUCUCUGUCUGUUACAACUGUCAACAGUUUAAAAGCAGCGAGAAAUGAGAAGAACGUGUGUUACUGUUUCACUUCUGUGACAGUCAUCAUUCUGACACUGCAGAUGCAGCUAUUUUAAGAUCUUUCACAGCGUGCCUCCUUUGCUUGCGGAAAGCUCUUGCAGCUGAAUGAGGACAGGGACACAUUUCCAGUUGUGGGGAAGACCCUCGGGAAGAAAGGGGAAGGAACGGUGUGAAACAAAAGAUCCCCGGACGCGAAGGGCUCAGCGCGCAUGCGCAGUACUGGCCGGGCCUGGGAGACGUUUCCAUGGCGACGGCGGCAGAACAAAGCCGGUGGAGUGAGAAUCUCUGCGUAUCGAGCGCAUUUCAGAAGAGGAAGAUGUCUUAAACCAGACGACCUGUGACCCGGAAGGAGAUCGCUGAGCCCACUGUGUCUGUUUCAGCUGGGAAAGGUGUGAUCAUCUCCAUCCCAUUACUGGACAUUGGAUCCUUCUCCUGCACGUUCAAGCACAGUUUAACGGGUGUCAACGAUGGAUUCACAGACGACAGACUCUGAGCAAACGACACACCACAAUCAUCCGGAUCUGCUGGGAUCGGAACAUCAUCGGCCUCGGACCGUGGAGGGAAUAGGCUCCCUCCCCAGGGAGGAGGAGUGGUUUCCGUGCCCCGAGAGCGAGCGGGGCCUCGGCUGCGUUGCUGGACUGUCCAGGCACCAGUGCAGCCACACCGGCGAGAAACCGUGGAAGUGUGGGGACUGUGGGAAGGGGUUCAGCUACCCUUCCCAGCUGGAGAUGCACCGGCGCAGUCACACCGGCGAGAGGCCGUUCACCUGCUCGGUGUGCGGGAAGGGCUUCACUCAGUUAAGCCACCUGCCUCGGCAUUACCAGGUUCACUUCGUGGAGAAACUGUUCACCUGCUCGGUGUGCGGCAAGGGCUUCACUCAGUCGUCCAGCCUGCUGACGCACCAGCGGCUGCACACCGGCGAGAGGCCGUUCAGCUGCUCCGUGUGCGGGAAGCGUUUCACUCGCUCCUCCCACCUCCUGGCGCACCAGCGAGUGCACACCGGCGAGAGGCCGUUCGUCUGCUCCGUGUGCGCGAAGGGCUUCCGCAGUUCGUCCAACCUGCGCAAGCACCAGCGAGUCCACAAGUGACUGCAGGGGUUGGAACCCGCGGCUGGGAGUUGAGCCAGGCUCACUCUCACAGCUGUAGGUUGUAUCCGCUGAUGCUGAACCGGGCAGGAGGGCAAAUAAAUCAGAUAAUCGCUGGACAGCCCAGUCUGUUCCCUUUUUAAUAUCCAACAUUAAACUCGGCACCAGACAUUGGGUUCAGGUCCGACACCCGGUGUGGCCUAUAUGGAGCUACCACAUCCUCUGUGACUACGUGACUUUUCGUUCCCCAGUUUCAUCGAACAUUACAGGCCAACCCUUUAACCUGAUCAAUCUAACCUGUCCCUCUUACAUAACCCAUUUUUCUAUCAUCCAUGUGCCUUUCCAAGAGUUUCUUAAAUGUCCCAAUUGUAUCUGCCUCCGCCCUCACCUCAACAGGCCGCUCCGUAAAUAAUUUACAAUCACCGUAAAAUUAUGUCCCCUCAUGUUAGUGAUUUCCACCCUGAGAACAAGUCUCGGGCUAUCCACUCUAUGCCACUUAACAUCUUGUACACCUCUAUCAAAUCAUCUCACAUCCUUCUUUGCUCCAAAGAGAAAAGCCCUACCUCACUCAACCUAUCACCGUUAGUCCAGACAGCAUCCUGGUAAAUCUCCUCCGCACCCUCUCUAAAACUUCCAUAUUCUUCCUGUAAUGAAAUGAACACAAUUUUCCAAGUGUGGUGCAACCGGGGUUUUAUAGAACUGCAGCCUUGCCUUGCUGCUCCUGAACUCCGACAAGCCAGGAGGAGAAGUGAGGUAGCGUUUGAGAUGUUGCCCAUCAGCCAUUUCUCCUGCUGAAAAGUCGAGAACCAGAGUUCCCCAAGUCCACACCUCUAAACCACAACAGCCUCCACCUUCAGCGGAUGAUCAGUUAUUGCGCUUCUGUUGUCAGAUACAUACUCCUCUCACUACUCUUUCAGCAUGGCUUUCUCACCUUGUGUUCUUCCAGCUCCAUCUACCAGACUCUGUCUCAUGGUGCAUCCCCACCUCGUUCCUUCCUGCCGUCCAGAGAUCCAAACAGCCCUUCAGGGGGAAGCUGUGAUUCACUUGAACUUCUUCCCAUCCACUCACUGCAUUCUGUGCUCACGAUGGGCCUCCUCAACACCAGAGGAACCAAACACUGGGUCACCGCUCUGUGGGGAAUCUGCAGGAGGGACCCUGGUCUCCCGGUGACCGGUCACUUUAAUUCUCCAUCCCGACCCAAUCCCCGGCUCGGUUACAAUGAGGCCAAACAUGACCUCUCACCUCCCAUGUUUGAAUCAGAAAUGGCCAUUUCUGUCCGUCAGCAUUUCACUCAGUUUUUUAUUGUCCUUUCGUAUGGACUGGCCUGCUGUGCAUGUGCUGCCACCUCACCAUUUACCAGCAGAGAAGCUUAAUGUGCCUCUAUCGGCCUCUCUAACCUGAUUGAUCAAAAUAUUCCAUUUGUUCUACCCAACUCUCCUGAAAACAAGCAUUUCUUUCCAAUUUGCAAACUUCUGACAAGGGAACAUUAGCUGUUCCGCUUUCCACAGAUGCUGCCCAACCUGCUGAGUAUUUCUUCCAUUUACUGUUUUUAUUUCAGAAUCUCUGCCUCUGCUGUCAACAAAACGCUUUCAGCAGCGGUUUGCUCCAGCCGAAAGGGGAAUCAAAAUGAUGAUUAUCAAAGUGGAGAGAGACACUGAUAUUCCAAGGGCUGGAUCUAGCAGGUCCAACAAGUAGUUAGGAAGGCAAAUGGCAUUUUGGCCAUUAUUCCAAACAGCUUGGAGUUUAAGAAUAAAUGUGACGUGUGAGUGGAGCAAGAACGGCAACGGAGCAGUUUGGUUAAAUGUUUUUACAGAGUCAUAUUAGUGACUGUACAUGCUGGGCAACUGACAGUGUGGAAGCAAUGAACCAGUCCCACCAAAAUGAAAACGUGCACUCGGGAGCCCAUGCUAAGACAGAGAUCCCUCCGUAUGCAGGGGCCCAGUCGGUACACCGCACAAUCAGCUUGCUGAAAUUGAUCUGAUAUGGUUCAAUAAGGGGAUUUUGUAACUGCCAUAGUGGAUGUUGGCGAGCCCACACCCAGAAAACCAUGCACAGUUUUGGUCCUCUUAUCUAAAAAAAACAAGGAUGCAGUUUAAAGGAGACUCAGCAGAUGAACACCACAAGGAAAAGGAGCAGAAUUAGGUCAUUCCAUUCUGACUGAUUUAUUACCCAUCUCAACCCCAUUCUCCUGCCUUCUCCCCAUAGACUUCGACACCCUGACUAAUCAAGAACACAUCAACCUCCGCUUUAAAUAUACCCCAAUACCUUGGCCUCCACAAUGACACUCACAGAUUCAGCACCCUCAGGCUAAAGAAAUUCCCCCUCAUCUCUGUUCCAAAGAGACUUCCUUGUGUCCUGAGGCUGUGCCCUUUGGUCGUGGAUGCCCCCACUAUGGGAAAAAUCAUCUCACAGCCAGUCUAUCGAGGCCUUUUUGUCAGCAUUCUAUCGGCAAAUUUGUCGAUGACACCAGGGUUGGGGGUGUAGUAGACAGCAAGGAAGGUUAUCAUGGCUUGCAGAGGGAUCUGGAUCAGUUGGAAUUUAAUCAAGACAGGUGCGAGGUAUAUGAUCAACCAGGGUAGGGCACUGAGGAGUGUGGUAGAACAGAGGGAUAUGUGAAUACAGGUCCACAAUUCGUUGAAAGUGGUGUCUCAGGCAGAUUGGGCCAUAAAGAAAACUUUUGGUACAUUGGCCUUCAUAAAUCAAACUACAGGAGAUGGGAUGUUAAGUUGAAGUUGUACAAGACAUUGGAGAGGUCUGAUUUGGAGUAUUGUUUGCUAUUUUGGUCACCUACCUACAGGAAAGAUGUAAAUAAGAUGGAAAGAGUACAGGGAAUAUUUACAAGGAUGUUGCCCAGUGUGGAGGACCUGAGUUAUAAGGAAAGAUCGAAUAAGGUUGGACUUUAUUCCUUAAAACCUAAAAGAUUGAGGGUGGAGAUUUGAUAAAAUCCUUUCACCACUGAGGUUGGGUGGGACUACAAUUAGAGGUCAUGGGUUAAGGGUGAAAGGUGAGAAGUUUAAGGAGCACACAACUGGAAGCUUCUUCACAGAGGGUCGAGAGAGUGAAACGAGCUGUCAGCACAAGUGGUUCAUGUGAGCUCGAUUCCAACAUUUAAGAGAAGUUUGGAUGGAAGGGGUGUGGAGGGCUGUGGUCCCGGAGCAGAUCGAUGGGAGUAUGGACGGUUUAAGUGCCAGUAUGGAGUAGAUGGGCGGAAGGAUCUCAUUCAGUCAGUCCUGUACUUUUCUUUGACUCUAUAUCAAAAACCGUAUUUCUGCCACAUUCGACAGUCGCCAAUAUGCCUACCGCCAGAACCGAUCUACAACAGAUGCCAUAACAUCUGACACGUACCUGGCCCUGACACAUCUAGAAAUGUCAGAGUGUUGUUUCUGGAUUUCAGUUCGGCACUCAGUACUGUUGUCCCACAGACUUAGUUCAGCAAACUCCUACUCCUCGGUCUAAGUACGCCAUUGAGCAAGUGGGUGUCGAACUUAGUAAUGGACAGACCGCAGAUAGUCAGGAUACACACCUGCUCCUCCCUCCCCAUCAUCCUCAACACGGGUGCACCCCCACCCCUUCCCCAGGGGUGUGUGCUGAGCCCAUUGCCGUACACUCAGGUCACCCAUGACUGCGCGGCCAAAGGCCCGAGCAUCACAUCGUCAAGUUUGCUGAUGACACGGCGGUGGGGGCAGAGAGUCUCGUCACCAAUGACAAUGAGACGACCUGGGCAGAUACCUCUUCCUUAAUGUCAGCAAGACAAAGUCGAUAGAACUCGCACCAAUCUCACAUCCCCCUUUACAUCGGCGGCACAGCAAUGGAAACUGCGAGCGGUUUCAAACUCUUGGGAGCGCUCAUCACCCACAAGCUCUCGUGGUCCCAGAACACGUCUUACAUCGCCAGGGAAGCUGGCCAGCAGCUCUACUGGACUUCCCACAUCCAUACCGACGUCAUUCUGCAGUAGAGGGUGUCCUGACAGGUAUGCGUCACUGUUUGGUAUGGAAACUGUACUGCGGCUGUGUUUUUAUGGUGUUCUUUACCCGUCCUGGUUUUCUGAUGCUGCGUCCGAUCGGAGUAACAAUUAUUUCAUUCUCCUUCACACUUGUGCGCAGAAAAUGAUAUUAAACAGUCUUAAAGGGUCGGGGAAUGCGGCACAGAAGAGGAGCUGGUUUCAGCCGUGACCACAUAGGACACGGUUGAGGUACGAAGCGGCCGAUUACUGCUUCUACUUCCUGUUGCCAACAUCAGACUGUCCGCGCAGUCCAAACUGACGAGCAUUUCAGUAUGUGCGCGUGUUUUCAUCACCUUGUUGGAUCCAUUGCGACCAUCUCGCCACGUGAAAUAUUGCCUUUCAUUUAAAAAAAGCACAGAAGCGAGAGAGGUACAGGCUGUCACUGUCAUCUGACAGUCGACAAAGGACUACAUAAUUUGUUUUCCAUCCCAUAAACUUCGAAACAUAUUCAAAUGUUUGUACAUGUAUCCCUGAAAUAAAAUGGC